AUUCUUCUGUGAAGCUGCAGAGUGAGCAAAGCAGGGAGGGUGAAUCACAGACCGGGAGCCAAUAAAACGUUCAUUGAGGCAGGGACAUUGCUCAUAGCUGAACUCUACAAAGAGCCAGGAAGAGAGUAGACAGAUUGUGAGCUUGUAUAAGUUUCACCAUGAGGGAGAUAGUUCAUAUCCAAGCUGGCCAGUGUGGAAACCAGAUUGGAACCAAGUUUUGGGAAGUGAUCAGUGAUGAACACGGAAUUGACCCAGCAGGAGGCUACGUUGGUGACUCAGCACUGCAGCUGGAGAGAAUAAAUGUCUACUACAAUGAAUCAUCCUCGCAAACAUAUGUGCCCAGAGCAGUUUUGGUUGACUUGGAACCAGGAACCAUGGAUAGUGUGCGAUCUGGCCCAUUUGGACAACUCUUUCGGCCUGAUAAUUUCAUCUUUGGACAAACAGGUGCUGGAAAUAACUGGGCUAAAGGACAUUAUACAGAAGGAGCAGAGCUUGUAGAUUCAGUGCUUGAUAUAGUAAGGAAAGAAUGUGAACACUGUGAUUGCUUACAAGGAUUUCAGCUCACUCAUUCCCUUGGAGGAGGAACAGGUUCCGGGAUGGGGACACUACUCAUUAGCAAAAUCAGAGAGGAAUAUCCCGAUAGGAUAAUGAAUACCUUCAGUGUCAUGCCAUCUCCUAAAGUCUCUGACACUGUGGUGGAACCAUACAAUGCCACACUCUCAGUCCAUCAACUAGUUGAAAACACAGACGAAACCUAUUGCAUCGACAAUGAGGCAUUGUAUGAUAUUUGCUUCCGCACCCUGAAGCUCACCACUCCGACAUACGGAGAUUUGAACCACUUGGUAUCUGCUACCAUGAGUGGGGUAACAACAUCAUUGCGUUUCCCAGGCCAGUUAAAUGCUGAUCUACGGAAGCUAGCAGUAAAUAUGGUUCCUUUUCCACGUUUACACUUCUUUAUGCCAGGUUUUGCUCCACUGACAGCCCGAGGAAGUCAGCAAUACCGGGCCCUCACAGUCCCAGAACUCACUCAGCAGAUGUUUGAUGCCAAAAAUAUGAUGGCAGCUUGUGACCCAAGACACGGACGGUAUCUGACAGUAGCUACAGUCUUCAGAGGACCCAUGUCCAUGAAGGAGGUUGAUGAGCAGAUGCUGGCCAUCCAGAACAAGAACAGCAGCUACUUUGUGGAAUGGAUCCCAAACAAUGUUAAAGUGGCAGUUUGUGAUAUAGCACCCCGUGGCCUUAAGAUGGCUUCGACGUUUAUUGGCAACAGCACCGCUAUUCAAGAGCUGUUCAAAAGAAUUUCAGAGCAAUUUUCUGCUAUGUUCAGGAGAAAAGCUUUUCUACACUGGUUUACAGGAGAAGGGAUGGAUGAGAUGGAAUUUACAGAAGCAGAAAGCAAUAUGAAUGAUCUGGUGUCAGAGUAUCAGCAGUACCAAGAAGCUACAGCAAAUGAUGGAGAAGAAACAUUUGAAGAUGAUGAGGAAGAAAUCAACGAAUAAAUUCUCCCUAGUGCUGUUCUAAAAUUCUCAAUUUUGACUAGCUAGAUAUAGCUCUAAUCUUUUCCAUGAUAGGUGAGACUCUUUAGGGCUUAUUUUUCAGAGGCUAGGUGUCUGCUCAACCACUACUGACGUUGGAGAGGAUGUUGAGUGCUCAGCACUAGCCUUUAACCUAAGAGCUUGCUUUGGUUGAUACACAGCUAUUUAUUCUCCUUGAGAAUUUUGGCUUAAAAUGUCAAUGCAAAUAUUAUGAAAUGAAUCAGAUAAAUAAAUGCACCAGAUUCCCAGAAAGGAAUGGAUCCUAAAUAAAUAAUUCAAAAAUAGGGCUAUAUUGUUUUUCCUCAAACUGUGAAUCAGAACAAUUAACUUAGGCUGCAAUCUUAUGCACAAAUUACUUGGGAGUAAGUGUUACCUAUAUUAGUGCAACUUAUUUCCAAGUUAGAAUUGUGGUGUUAGUGAGUCUUCUGAGUGCUGUUCUGUACUGAGUAUAAAGUAGUGAGUUGCUGGGAACAAACUGUUAAUAAAAACAAUGGAAAAAAUCUUUAA